GCAGAAGACACUGCUGUCUGGCUGUCUGCUACAAGAGCUGUCUGCUAGACUCAUUCUUUAGAACUGUGUGUGUGGCUGUGUGCACUGUGCAACGAGAGAAAGUUAUUUUUUAAAAUUUUGGGAAACUACAAAAAUGUCUAAUUGUGCUUUUGUAUCUCGUGUUUUCCUAAUUCCCUUUGCUGGAUUAAAAAAAGGAAAAGUUCUAGUUGAGCACAUUAGACUCACCUCAUCAAUUACGAAACGAAAUUUAUAUCAGAUUCCCACCGGCUUAUUGCAUCAACUGACAGUGCUACCCACCAAUAAUGCCUGCCUUUCACUGAGAGCUUUAAAACAUACUUCUAAAUUUUCAAGGGGAAAAGGAGAGAAAGCUGCCGAUGAAGAUGAGGAAGAUGAUGAAGAUACAUCAUCAACAGAUAUUUCAGCACUGGAUUCAGAUAUUCUUUCUGAUGUGGAUGACAAAGAUAUAAAAAUAGUAAAGAAGAAACUGAAUUCGUUGAGACUGGACACCCUUCUUAAAGCAGGGCUUGGGAUUGCCAAGAAUAAAAUAGAUACUGCCUUCUAUGAGAGUAAAAUUAGAGUGAAUGGAGAUAAACUACUGAAGAAAAGCAAACGAUUGGAAAUUGGAGAUGAAGUUGACUUGAUUAAAGGGCCUAAUGUGAUGAAUCCUGCGUUUCUAGACGUGGGACGAGUUAUAAUACUAAAAGCGGAUUACACUCCUGACUUGGAAAAGGUCUUAGUUUUGCUGAAGAGAUACCGAUCGCUUACAAUUGAAAAUUACGCCAAUCCUUAUAAAUCAGGCGCUGAAUAACGUGAGUUGAUAUUGUAUUUAAUAUAGAUCCAAUAAAUGUAAUCAGAUUAUUCAAAA